GUACCAAGAAGUGGCUGGGGGGGGGGGAGGGGGGGGGAGGAAGGAGGUUGAACUGCUUUCUGAUGUAGCCUACUUCGUCCUCACCACUCUGUCAGGUUAUCAGACUCUGGGCGAAGAGUACGUUAACAUUGUUCAAGUUGACUCAACCAAGAAGAGGGUACCUUCAUUUCCUCGACGGGCCAUCUUAAUUUCUCUUCACACCGUAGUACCCUAUUUCUUAGAAAAGGGAUUACUGCAUCUGGAACAUGAGUUGCAGACAGAAGCUGGCGAGCCCAGGACCUCACAAAGCAACCCAGCACUUGGCUUGUCCAGUAGGACCUUAAUACGACACUGGGUACAGAAACAAGUUGGGGAGCUUACGGAGCAGCAGAAGAAAACAGUCUUACAAAUUGUGUAUGUUCUUAAACAGUGCAUACCUUUGCUUCGUCGACUACAUCUGGCAGUAUUCUACAUAAGUGGCACUUUUUAUCACCUGUCUAAAAGACUCACAGGAAUCACAUAUCUGCACUUCGGAGGACCGCAAGGAGAAGAUCAGAGUAUUCGAUCAAGUUACAAAUUUCUUGGAAUAAUUUCACUCAUCCAUCUUCUUCUGACAAUUGGUGUUCAGAUGUACAGCUUCAGACAGAAGCAGAGAGCAAGGCAGGAAUGGAAACUGCACCGCAACCUAGCUCAUCAGAAAAAUAUGACCAAUGAAAAGACUGCUGGGCGCCACUCCCGCUGCACUUUGUGUCUGGAGGAACGGAGACACACAACAGCCACACCUUGUGGCCACCUCUUCUGCUGGGAAUGCAUCACGGCGUGGUGUAACACCAGGACAGAAUGUCCACUGUGCAGAGAGAAGUUUCAUCCUCAGAAACUGAUCUACCUACGUCACUAUCAACUGUGAAGAAAAAAUCUAUUCUGUUUCACAACAAGGGCCUCAGCUCUUGUACCCUUUAUAAAGUCAUCAUACAGCUUGAGUUGGUCCAAGAAAAAGACUUAAUUAUGAAACAGGUAACUGCCUGUGUAAGGUGGCACUUCAUUCCUGUUUUACCAAAUAAAUCUCUUUCUGCCUC